GAGUGGCACUAGCAGGAGCUGCCCCAGGGCUUCUCCCCUGGGGACCAAGGUCUGAUGGAAGUGUGGGGCCAAGUUCUGUGUCCUCCAGACCUAGUGACCUCUCUUUGGCUCCUCAGCAUCUACAAAUCUGAAGGACAAAACAUGGUUCAAGCAUCUGGGCACAGGCGGUCCACCCGUGGCUCCAAAAUGGUCUCCUGGUCCGUGAUAGCAAAGAUCCAGGAAAUAUGGUGCGAGGAAGAUGAGAGGAAGAUGGUGCAAGAGUUCCUGGCUGAGUUCAUGAGCACAUAUGUCAUGAUGGUAUUCGGCCUUGGUUCCGUGGCCCAUAUGGUUCUAAAUAAAAAAUAUGGGAGCUACCUUGGUGUCAACUUGGGUUUUGGCUUUGGAGUCACCAUGGGAUUGCACAUGGCAGGCCGCAUCUCUGGAGCCCACAUGAAGACAGCUGUGAGCUUCGCUAACUGUGCACUGGGCCACGUGCCCUGGAGGAAGUUUCCAGUCUAUGUGCUGGGGCAGUUCCUGGGCUCCUUCCUGGCGGCUGCCACCAUCUACAGUCUCUUCUACAAGGCCAUUCUCCACUUUUCGGGUGGAGAGCUGAUGGUGACCGGUCCCGUUGCUACAGCUGGCAUUUUCGCCACCUACCUUCCUGAUCACAUGACAUUGUGGCGGGGCUUCCUGAAUGAGGAGUGGCUGACCGGGAUGCUCCAGCUGUGUCUCUUCCCCAUCACGGACCAGGAGAACAAUGCAGCACUGCCAGGAACACAAGCACUGGUGAUAGGCAUCCUCGUGGUCAUCAUCGGGGUGUCCCAUGGCAUAAACACAGGAUAUGCCAUCAAUCCGUCCUGGGACCUGCCCCCCAGCACCUUCACCUUCAUUGCUGGUUGGGGCAAACAGGUCUUCAGCGAUGCGGAGAACUGGUGGUGGGUGCCAGUGGUGGCACCACUUCUGGGUGCCUCUCUAGGUGGCAUCAUCUACCUGGUCUUCAUUGGCUCCACCAUCCCACGGGAGCCCCUGAAAUUGGAGGACUCUGUGGUGUAAGAAGACCACGGGAUAACCGUAUUGCCCAAGAUGGGAUCUCAUGAACCCAUGAUCUCUCCCCUCACCCUCAUCUCCGUGAGCCUUGCCAACAGAUCUUCAGUCCACUCUGCCCCACCCUUACAUGAAUCCAUGGCCCUAGAGCACUUCCAAGCAGAGAUUAUUUGUGAUCCCAUCCCUUCCCCAAUAAAGCAAAGCUUGUCCCUCAGCAGUACCCCCACUUCCUGGGGGCCUCCUGUGGUUGGGCUUCCCUCCUGGGUUCUUCCAGGAGCUCUAGGGCUAUGUCUUAGCCCAAGGUGUAGAGGUGAGGCGCCUCAAGUCUUUCAUGCCCUGGGAACUGGGGUGCCCCAGGGGGAGAAUGGGGAAGAGCUGACCUGCACCCUCAGUAGGAACAAGGUGAGAUGAAAGAAUGACAGAAACAGAAUGAAGGAUUUUCAGGCAAGGGGGAAGGAAGGGCAGUUUUGGUGAAAGGACCGUAGCUGACUGGUGGGGGGCUGGCUUUGGAAAUACUUUGAGGGGAUCCUGAGAUUGAACUCUACACUCUCCCCUGGUUCUUCCCUUCCCCGAGUUCUGGCCGGUUCUUGGACCAGACAAGGCAAGGCCCAAGAAGGUAGAUCAGAAUUUUUUAGCCUUUUUUUCAUUAGUGCCUUCCCUAGUAUUCUUCUAGAUUUUUUUUCUUAAUCACAUGAAAUUUUAAUACCACAGAUAUACUAUAUAUCUGUUUAUGUUCUGUAUAUGUUCUGUGCUUUAUACGUAAAAAAGAGUAAGAUUUUUUUUUCACCUCCCCUUUUAAGAAUCAGUUUUAAUUCCGUUGAGAAUGCUUGUUAUAGAUUGAAGGCUGGUAAGGGGUUGGGCUCCUCUUUCUUCUUCCUGGUGCCAGAGUGCUCCCACAUGAAGGAAUAGGAAAGGAAGAUGCAAAGAGGGAAAUCCUUCAAACACAUGAAGACACAGGAAGAGGCCUCAUAGGACUCCAAGGGCUCCAGGGAAGCAGCUGCAGAGGUUGGGUGGGGUGGGGGGCCAGGAUCCACUGACCCUGGGGCCAGGCAGGAAUCACUCUGUUGUCUGGGGCUCAGAAGGCAGCAUCACCCGUGGUUCCUGUCAUUGCUCAUGCAUUUUGCCUUUCAACAAUUAUUGUGCACCUACUGUGUGCAGGCCCUGCCUGGACACUGGGGAUGCGCAGUGGAUGCACUGGGCUCUGCCUUUGAGGGUUGCAGUUUAAUGGGCGACAGGUAAUUAUAAGGAAGAAGGUGAGUGCAGAGUGGGAGGCUUGGAGGCAGUGGGGCUUGGGGUGGGAGAGCUCACAUCCAGCCUCUGGGCCAAGGCCAGGAGGCUUCCCAGAGGAGGAGACAGAACAGGGUAUUGUGGUGGGGGGUGUCCUUUUUGGGGCUGGGAGCUGCACUUUACAGUUUGAGGGGAUGGGCAGAGGAGGCUGGGCUUCGUUCUGGAGGUGGAGACACAGUAAGGUGAGGUUUAGAAAGCACACCUGAGCCGGGCGCGGUGGCUCACGCCUGUAAUCCCAGCACUUUGGGAGGCCGAGGUGGGUGGAUCACGAGGUCAGGAGGUCGAGACCAUCCUGGCUAAUACGGUGAAACCCCGUCUCUACUAAAAAUACAAAAAAAAUUAGCCGGGAGUGGUAGCGGGCGCCUGUAGUCCCAGCUACUCGGGAGGUUGAGGCAGGAGAAUGGCGUGAACCCGGGAGGCGGAGCUUGCAGUGAGCCAAGAUAGUGCCACUGCACUCCAGCCUGGGCGACAGAGCGAGACUCCGUCUCAAAAAAAAAAAAAAAAAGAAAGAAAGCACACCUGAGCCGCAGUGUGUAGGAUGCUGGAAAUGGUGGAGAUGGGCCUGCAAAGAGAGUGCUGGGAAGUGAUGACCCAGGAGCAGCAGCCGGGCACCUAACAAUGGGUCAGCACCGUGAGCGUGGAGACGAGGGCCAGGAUUGAUCAAUACCCGAGAAGUACAAUGUACAGGACUUGGGCUCCAUUUGGAUGGAGUGGGUGAGGGAGAGGGAGGAGUCAGAAAUGGCUUCCGGUUUCCAGCUUGGGCCUGGGGAUUGGAGAUGUCCCCACUGAGAGUAGGGCACAAGUGAGGAAAUGGUUUGGAGAGGAAGAUGAUAAGUUACAUCAUGGAUGUGCUGAGUCUGAGUUGCCUAUGGGACUUGGAAUGGGGGGUGGCAAAAGGUGUGUGACCUUGAGCAAGAUAUUCAACUCUUCUGGGCCUUGGUCCUCUCAUUUGUAAAAUGGCGAUAAGAAUAUUACUUCCCGUUUGUGUUGCUGUGAAUAUUAAAUGUGCUACCACAUGUAAAAUGUUGAGAACCGUUUCUAGCUCAGAGUAAGUGCUCAAUAAACACAGUUAUGCCUUUUAUAUGGUCUGGAGCUCAGAAGUGGAAGACAGGGUUUUGUGAAGUCAUGGCUUUGUGGAUGUAGCUAGAGUGUGGAGUAAUGACAGGAGGGUCGGGGGCAUGGCACAAGGUAGGUGGUCAGGAGACACUGGACACAACCCAAAUGUCCAUCCACAGGGGAACAGAUACAUACACUGCUGUGCAAUUGCACAUAAUAGAAUCCUCUACAAUAGCAAAAAUUAAGGCACAGCAGACACCUGCAACAACACAGAAAAAUUCUGGAGGCAUAAAAAGUAAUACAUUAGCUGGGCGUGGUGGUUCACACCUGUAAUCCCAGCACUUUGGGAGGCCAAGGUGGGUGGAUUACGAGGUCAAGAGAUCAAGACCAUCCUGGCCAACAUGGUGAAACCCUGUCUCUACUAAAAAUACAAAAAUUAGCUGGGUGUUAUGGCACACACCUGUCGUCCCAGCUAUUCAGGAGGCUGAGGCGGGAAAACUGCUUGAACCUGGGAGGCGGAGGUUGCAGUGAGCCAAGAUCGCAUCACUGCGUUCCAGCCUGGUGACAGAGUAAGACUCGGUCUCAAAAAAAAAAAAAAA